AUGCUAGAGGGCGAGACGGGGAAUGCACACGCGUACACGGUCGCGGUGGGCGUGGUUGUUGUGGCACUGCUGGCGUCACUCGCGGGCGGGCCGGUGCACGCGCCGUUUGAGCCGUGCUCGGUGUACGCAGCGGCUGCGCCGGCUGUGCCGCGCAACAUCCCGCAGCACAUCACGACGCUUGUGACGUCGUACAUUGCGCUGGAGAACGCCAAGCACUCGAUCGAAGAGUACCGCGAGUGGAUGGAGACGAUGGUGUGCAUUGCGUCGCCGCUGGUGGUGUUUGCGGACGCGGCGUCGGCCGAGGUCAUCCGUGGCAUCCGCGAGGAUUGCCUAGACGGCGCCGAUAUUGUGGUCAACGUCGUCGAUGGCUUUGCCGACCUCUACACUGCACAGUGGCAGGAGCAGCUCCAUGCACAGGCGCAUGAAGAUCCCGAGGCCAAGAUCGGGCACUCGGCCGAGCUGUACAUGAUUUGGAACGAAAAGACAGCCUGGCUCGACGAGGUGGCGCGCAAGAACCCGUUUGGCACGCAGUACUUUGCGUGGAUCGACAUCGGAUACUUUCGCGGACCCGAGUACCACACCGAGCGGGCGGCGUUUUACAAGGUGGCUUGGCCUGCGGCGUCGCGGACGCAAGUGUUUGACGCAGGACGGGUGCUCGUCCUCGGCGUCGCGCCGGUGGUGCCCGGCUCGGCCGAGUGCGCCGACGCCGAUGCAGUGUAUGGCUCGUUCUCCAAGCGCGGCGUCGGCGGCGGGUUCAUUGGUGGGACGGCGGCGGCGAUUGCACGGUGGCGCAAGGCAUACUACGAGCUCAUGGGCAGGUUCUUGGGCGAGGGUCGGUUUGUGGGCAAGGACCAGGUGACGAUGGCGGCGGUGGCGUGCUGGCAGCCCGACGUUGUCGAGGUUGUGCCAGCGUGCGGCGGCGACUGGUUUUAUAUGGCCUCGUAUCUGCGGGAGCUGCGGCUACAGGGAUGAUGACAGGAGAAGGAGUUUGUGAAGAAGAGGGAGAGAGC